AAGGCAUCUCCUUGAACUAGCCCGGAACUGUGAAGCAACAUGGAGGCGCGCUGACCAUUUGAUCGUCGGCUCUGAUGUCAACAGAUCAGGAUUUUCCCUGUCCCCGCGCCCUCAGGAAGACUUCACAUUCCACCUACACACACAGGGAUGUUGUUGGGCAGCGUCAGCCCCUCCGAGGCCGCGACAGCCCCGGAGGAGCCGCCUAGCUGGCGCGCGAACCUGACGACAGUGGACGGACAGACCCUGGACCUGUAUCCGUCAGACGAUGGACUGCACCACUGCAGCCACGGCGCGCUCAUGGGCCGCUUCGGCGUCCUCAUCCAGGGGAUCCUCGGCAUCGUGGCCUUCAGCACGCUCAUGUUGAAAAGGUACCGGGAGCCCAAAGUAGAGAGAAGACCAUGGAGAAUCUGGUUCUACGACACAUCCAAACAGGCCAUUGGUGCUGCAUUUAUCCACUUCGCCAACGUGUUUCUGGCAGACAUGUUCCAAGGGGACCCCUGUACAUGGUACAUUAUAAACUUCCUGCUGGACUCCACUGUUGGUCUGCUGCUGAUCUACCUGGGGUUAAAGUUCACCCAGUGUGUGGUCAGGUGGCGACACUGGGACACGCUCAUCUUCGGGGAGUAUGGUGAGCCCCCACAGUGCAAUGCCUGGUUCGGUCAGUGUGCGCUCUACCUGCUGGUCAUGGUGUUUGAGAAAUGUGCCGUGGCGCUCUUCGUUCAGCUGCCAUUCUGGGACGAUGUGCGUAAGUUUAUCCUGUCCCCCAUCCACGACCCGAAGGUGGAGCUGGCCAUCGUCAUGCUCAUCAUUCCCUUCAUCAUCAACGCCCUGAUGUUCUGGGUAGUGGACAACUUCCUCAUGCGGAAACACCGCAAGCUGAACGGACACAUCCAGGCCAAGCAGGGCAAGUCCAAGGUCAAGUACUACCGCAAGAAGAACAGUGGAGAGAGGAAGGACGACUCCGAGUCGGAGGUGCUGCUGUCGCCUAGCGACGAGUCGGACAGGUUCGAGGAAGAAACGAGAACGAUACCGGGGGACGUCACGCAGAGACAGCUGCUGGUGCCCACGCGGGAGAGCGCCAUUUUGUAACAUUAGCAACGUGCUAGACCUUCUGUCUGACCAAAACUUUUAACGCUUCACUUUUUUUGCUCCCUUUUUAUCAAUGAUUGGAAGACAAGAAAGUCUGCCUGUGCCAACAGAAUGGCUGUUCCCAGAAAUUUCCUGCAUAAAAUUUAUGUUAGCGCAUAAUUUCAUCAAAUACACUCGAACAUGACUGACAUUUGUGGGAAAUAGCCCAUUCAUCUUUCACUUCAACUCAAUGAUAUUAGGAAUUGUAGCAAAACCAAAGGAUUGGCAUUGAGGUUUUGGUCAUUACAUGUUUGUAUUGCCUUAGAUAUUUAUCUGUCAGUACUUAUAUAUGUAUAGAUGUAUAUAACACUACAUGUUGGUUUUUGUAAGGUUUUAUGUUAACUUGUGGAAACAAACCUUGUGUUGGAGACACAUAUCUUAUUUCAAUAUAAAGUGUAUCUUUCGUGCACAUACAUGUAAUCUUUGAGCAGAUGUUGAACGUUGAAUACCUCAACUUAUUCCAUAUAGUACAAGACCUUGUAAUUCUAUAGAUCAUUGAACCAGUAAGUGGGGAUGAAGCAGUGUGUUAAAAAGCCAAGCCAGUUUAAGGAACAUGUGACAGCAGAAAUGAAGUACAGCUUCCUACUCUCCAAGCAGAGGUUGUAUGGGAAGAUUGUGAUCUACUGAUUUGCCCCAUUUCCUGACAGCUGGCCUAUCCAGUUGCCUCUACUUGGAGAGGAGAGCUAGCUGCCAUUCAAAUUGUUGACUGUGCAAAGUGAUGUUAGCUAUAGCCGGGUAACCAUCCCUACAGACUUGAAAAUAGCAACAGGUUCUUUGAUAACCAGGUAGCUAAGUAUGGAUGGAUGCCAGCAGGCUUAAGUAAUCUGUAGUAUUUAGAUGUGGCUUUGGUCCAGGCAAUGUUUUAUCGUACCUAUGGCCAGUAAAAUUCCUUGCAGGUUGAUCACAAUCAUUGUUUCAUUGCAAUCACUGUUUGAUAAUAAUCAUUGAUAUUAUUUAAAGU